AACGAAUAGUUAGCGCGAUUGAAAAAAUCUAUAACGUUAUAAAGGCGGUUCCGAGGAUUCUAGCCAUGAAGAGGGAAGUAGCUACGCUGGGUCAAGUCAUAGCACUCCCAAGUAUAACAAUACGCACCAAAUAGAACCGAACAUGGCGCCACCGCAGCGAGCACCGGUGGCCCCAUUCCAAAGCUGUCACGUGUCAAACUACGUGCACGUUCCCGAGAACAGCUUCAGAUACCCUCCCCCAACCCCUAACAUACCACAGCAAGAAUUCAAUCCACCAUCGAUUCUGAACACAGUGGCAUCUCCUGACUUGGGCUAUUUUGACUCUUCACCGAGUCCGUUUUCUGACUUUACACCAUUUUUCGGUAAUUUUGAUCAGAAUGAAAAUGCUGAUGACAUUUUCUAUGAGCAGCCCCUUGCUGCUACCGUGGAGGAAAUCCCGUAUGAGACACCGGAACCGGCGCACUACAUGCCGUCCCAAUAUUCAGGGCCAACAGAUUUUUUCACACCAAAUCUGUACCCACAACCGAGCACUAGUACUUACACCUGCGGAACUAAACGACCUAAUGAGUUUGACGAUUUUGAGGUUGCUUACAAAAAGAAGGUGACAGAAACCGAAGUAUUCCGAACGAAUGAACAAAGUUCAGACUCAGGAUCACCAUUGGAAGCGUUAUUUAACGAGUCAUUUUUGGACAGUGACCAAAUAGAAUCGGCAUUAAAUUCAUUGGACGAUUUCGAUCCAUCAUUUCUAGAUUUAUUGAAUUCAACGGACGUCCAAGACGUUUUGGGACAGAUUGAGAAAGAAGCAGAAGAAGAGGGGCAGAAGCUACCAGUUUUUGAUUUAUCAGAUUAUGAAUAAGUUUUUAAAAACAAAACUUUCUGGUAACGUUUUGUAAUUAAUCUACUCAAGUGGUAGAUGAAUCAAAAUUGAUAUUUUGUUCAAUGUUCAGUUGAUUCUGUUGAAAGCAGUUGUAUGUAGCGCUCUGUGGUGAAGAAGGAGCCACCCAAAGAACCCUACACCAACCGCUUCAAUCGUCACCAUUUUGUCUCGGACAUAUUUCGAUACGAUUUUCUGAGACCUAAGUACUUCUUGUACCUUAAUUUCAAAGUUAAAUUGCAAAGAUCUCGGAAAAUAUAUUAUGUCGUUUUAAUUUAUAUUAUUAAUGGUAGAUGUUAAGAAAUAUCUGUAGCUAGUUGUAGGGCUGUAGUUGUUAGAGAAAUGGAUUUAGUGUCAUUCACAUUUAAUAUCAAGAUGUCAAAAUUACGGGUCCUCAUAGUCACUUUUAAGAGUAAUAAGUGUCUAAAUGGUAAGCAAAUUAAAAUAUAGCAUUGGCAUUUAGUUUGUGAAUAAAGCGUUGUUUUCAUUAUCAGCUCAGCGGUUUCACUAAAUGCAGGGUUAUUGAAUUUUAAACAGUGAAUCAACUAUAAGACGGCGUAGAGUUACUGGGUCUCAACAACAUGUUUAAAGAAGUAUAACGUAAUGAAUAACCCUGCGUCCAUCAAUAUUCAUUAGCCCAGGGAGUAACUGGUUUGUUUUAAACAAGUGAUCCGAAAUGGACACUUUAAUAUACUUAAGUUUAUUGUUCUUAUAUUAUAUCCAUGUUAUGAGUAGUGGUAGCUAUAUCGUUAGUGUACACGUAGCUAUGUCGAACAGUUUCGACAAAAUUACUUGUUUAAGAUUAUUCUAAGCUAUGUAAGUGUAAACGCAGAAUUUGAUUUGAUUAGCCGCUUGCGCUUUGCCAGAGCACGCGUACAGAACUAUAGCAGGCAAAAUGUUUCGUUAAGAAACCUUAAUUAUAUCUAUAUUGCCAAAGUUAAACAAAAAAAAAAUAAACUUAAAAAAACUAGUCACGUCAACCAGUUUGUCACGACAACUUCGUUAAAUAUAGACAAAGUUCGAAAGUGAAACAAAACUUGACAUAGUCCAUGUUUUUCGUGUAACACAUAACUUAGAAAUAUCUUAUUUUGACGUAUCGCAAGACUGAAUAAUUUUAAUUGUUGGCUUCAAAACAUUAUGUUAAAGUUUAAGUGAUUUGUUUAGAUUUAUAUUUCAGCAUUUUGUAGUUGUUUUUUUGAUUUUUAUUACCUUUUUAUAAAACCCUGAGGGGAUCAUGAUUUUCUAUUGUUAUCGUCUAUUUGGGCAUCAUUGAAUCUUUUGAUGAUAGGUAAGAUAAGAUGAAUAUCUUUGUGUAGCUAGAAAGUUUAACACUAAUCAAUGAUUUUAAAUCUGUAGAAUGUUCAAGAGAAGUCGGUUUCUAAUGAUGCUUAAAUAGACUCAGAAACCUUUUGUAAAGGUUGCCAUGUAUCUGCCUGUCACAAUACAUCAGAAGGAGCAACUGCUUUACAUGUACCUAUAUCAAAGCUUCGUUUCUUCGCAUAAUUUCGAAUAUAUUCAUAAAAUUAAUACUCCAGCUAGACUAGUGGGUAGAGCCAGUCAGUACCGAAAAUUGACUUUAAAAUUGCAUUUGACACUAGGUAGUGACUUUGAACUUAUCAUUGUAGGUACCUACGUAAUUUUAUUCUUCUUGUGUGCACACCAAUAUAUAAAGUUUUGGUCAUAGAAGUGCAUAAGAUCUCAUCAAUCUACAUAAUAUAGUGCUUGUAUAUAAACGAGUUUGUUUGUUUGUCGUGCGGUAAUGCAACUACAGGUCGGAUGAUUAAAUGUUUUUGCAUUUGAUAGCCUAAUUAUAGAGGUCACGCUAUCAUCACGCUACGUCACAUGAACUUAGCGUAGACUUGAAAUCGCGAGGCAAAGCUAAGUUUCCAGUAGAUUCUUAGAUAUGGAAAACAAAAUGUAGUUUGAACUCUCAACGUUUUACAAAUAUUGUAUUGCGACAAGGCCUAAGUAGCCACGUGGCCAUAUAUUGUAAUCUCGUCAUUUAAAAGUAAAUAAUUCUUAUAGUGGAAUGUAAGUUUUCAAUAGAUAGUGCCAAUUACUGUUGUCUGUACCUGCUUUUAUUUGUCGAUCGAUUUAUUCAUUAAUUAGAUAAGUUCUUAAUAAUUAUAUUUUAUGUUAUCUUUUUGUUAUUCUGUAUAACUUAUGGUUUUCUCUUAAAAGUGGUCGUUUGCAACUUGAUUUAUUAUAAAUGGUACCGAAUGUCUAAACUGUUUUUGGCACUAAACCACAAGACGAAAAUUGUUCGUCUGUUAUUAUAUCUUAGUGUAUUUCACUAUUUUUUAAAUGUUUAUCUAGUAGAAACACUUUUAAUAUAGAGUGAUUAGAACAACUCUCUCAAUCUAAGUGGAUAUUAAAUACUUUUUAAAUAUUAACUAUGAAAUUAAAUGUGCAUAGGUAAUGCCCAUUUGGCAUAAACAUUAAAAUUUUAUUCUCAAUUAGUACCUAAAAGUCAUUUUUAACUCACAGAUUUCAAUCAAAUGUAUCAAUUUUGAAACUAGAUGUUUGUGAUUGUUCUUUUUUUCUAAUUAAAAUGCUAAGAUGGAAGUCGAUUUAAGUUUAGGGCUAUGGGUGAGCCCAAAUUUUAUGAUAUUUACGUAGAAAUGUACCCAUAUUCACCACAGGUAACGAAGGGGAUGCACUUUUCCAAUCACUUGUUUUACGAAUCAACAAAUAAAGUUAUCUUUGAUAUGCAGACAAUAAACGAAAUUCUCUUACUCAUGUUGACAUGUUAUCUUUAACACCUGACAAAGAUUUCAUUUAGAAAUCUUUUUUUUUUGACGGGGUAAUAUCAUCCUAGAGGAAGUAUCAAACUCUUACUGAGUGGACUAAAAUCUACCCCGUUCCUUCUCCUGCUUUGAGCCGGAGCCCCAGUAUCAUGUUACGUUGUCCGCAGCUCAGGUCAUUUGGAAAUCUUGUGAUUGGAUAAGAGAUCCUCUGGAUAUCCUCCCGUAUAGUAACUUCAUACUGUAAUAAACCAUCGCUGAUAUUAUUGGAAUCAUACUUUUCGAACAAUGUAGUAAUAGUUAUCAUUAAGAAGUUUUCAAAAAUAUAUAUUAUGUAUAAAUAUUAAUAGUUUUGGACAUUUGGGCAAACAUAACAUCUUUGUUGAUUGACCAUUCAAUUGUUUCCUCACAGCAGGAAACCAGGGAAAGAGAAAGCUUUAAAAGAGGAUUUGGACUGUCGAAAUUAUUCGAAAAUAUAAGACAAGUAGGUAUUUGGGAAAUUAUACAACCUUUUGAUAACAUUUGGAAGUGAUUUUUACGAAAAUGUUACACAGAUAGCGAAGAUUUCGAUCGAAUUCGACGAAUCAAAAUAUUUUCGUAAGUAAAUUGGAAAACGAGUUAUAUAAAUUAGUCGAACUGUGGAAAUAUGGAAGUCUGAAUUGAAAGUGACAUGUUAUUUGAAUGAUUAUCUUAAUUCACAUAAUAUACUACCUGCAUACCAUUCACUUGUAGCUACGUAUCCGCAAUAGUUUGUCAGAGUUCAUCAGGCACUUUAUUAGAUGAUUGUUAAUGUCAAAGCAACAUUGUAAUUUGUAACCUUUCAGUCAAUACAGUAAUUUGUGGGUAGUUAAUAAAUAAUAGAAAACAA